AAGGACGACCGCUAGCAAUCGGAAAUUUCAAUUGCUGUCCCAGGCCCUACCAGGGAAGCACUCUCCACUUCCAAAGGAAGGUGCAAGGCCGGCUUCAAUCCGCCGAUGCUUGGACACCUUUUUUUUUCUCACCCAACUACAUACCCCCCCCGCCCCCCCAACGCUCGCUCGCCAGACCCUACCUAUCUCUCUCCGGUUGUGUGCCCAGCAAGACUUGGUCCCGCUCCUCAACUUCUCUCCUCUCUCCCUCUUCUUUUUUCGUCCUUCUCCCCUCAUUCUCCUCUUCCCACCUUGCGUUGCUUGUUCCCUAGCAAUCUCUUCGUCGUAGGUUUGUCUUUCGUCUCCACCCGAAUGCUACGGUACUCCUUGUUGUUACCUAUCCAACUGACUAUUAAGCUUCGUAGCAACCUCCAGUACCCCUCCCUUCUGCUUCUACACAACGUCUCUACUUGAAAAAUAGAUUGGUGAGUCUGGAAACGUUUCGACAUUGAUUUACAAAGUUUGUUGAGCUUCCACUUCCACCCCUCUCUGCCUCAAUGGGAUUUGUGAUCUGCUCGUCCUUGCAUAGCAUGGCGUUCUUUGCAAGUGAGGGGUAUUGCGGUGGGAGAGAGACCGACUCUCAUGCAAUGCACUGCUGUACUGGGUACUUGCAUUGGAGUUUCCACCCCUUUAGAACCUUUCUUCUCUCCCACUACUUCUCGCUUUGUCCCCCGAACUCCGACCCACUAUUUUGUCGCCUUCACCGAGAACAUUUCUCUUUCUUUCUCCUUUUCUAUAGUGUCGUAUCGAUUUUUACUAACUCGCCAAAAGAAUUGAACUUUCGAGAUGUCUCAAGCUUCUCUUGCCCCCCCGGUGGCUAAAGGCCAGACUGAAAACCUGAGGGCCAACGACAAUAUUCGUCGUUUUAGUGCUCCUUCUCGCCCAAGGUCCCCACCAGCGGAGCAUACUCUCUUCCACCCUAAGACACGUGCAUUUGUUUAUGGAUUGCAACCAAGAGCUUGCCAGGGCAUGUUGGAUUUUGACUUUAUCUGUGAGUGAAUUAUAGGCGCCGCCUCCCCUUUUGAAAUUAAGCUCUAGAGCCUUUUCCACUGGGUUCAAUUCAGCGUGAUUCGGGGCUAAUGAUUAGGACUUCUAGGCAAGCGCAAAACUCCUAGUGUAGCUGCAAUUAUCUACCCCUUUGGUGGGCAGUUUGUAUCCAAGAUGUGAAAGACCCUCGACCUAGUCUAUUUUCCAAUCGUAGCUAAUAUGAGUCUUUCCAGGUAUUGGGGAACUUCUGAGACAUUGCUUCCUGUCUACCAGUCCGUAGAGAAGGCUUGUGAGAAGCACCCCGAAGUUGAUACCGUAGGAUUCACCAGACUCCUUAAAUUAAUAGAUUUUGCUGAUCCUUUCAGGUUGUGAACUUUGCUAGUUCCCGCUCGGUGUAUUCUAGCACCUUGGAACUUAUGGAGAAGCCUCAGAUCAGGUCUAUUGCGAUCAUUGCCGAAGGUGUUCCGGAGAGACGCGCGCGCGAAAUCAUGCACAUCGCCCAGAAGAAAAAUAUCACCAUCGUUGGUCCUGCCACUGUUGGUGGUAUCAAACCAGGAUGCUACAAGAUUGGUAAUACCGGAGGAAUGAUGGAUAAUAUCGUAGCUUCAAAGCUUUACCGCAAGGGAUCUGUUGGAUACGUCUCCAAAUCUGGUGGUAUGAGUAAUGAAUUGAACAAUAUUCUUGCCGAGGUAACCGAUGGUGUUUACGAGGGUGUUGCUAUCGGAGGAGAUAGAUACCCUGGAACCACUUUCAUUGAUCAUUUGUUGAGGUAUUUGAGGUCCGGGGUAAUAAUUAUGGAAGCCAAGAAAACUGACCAGGCACCAUAGAUACGAGCUCGACCCAGAGUGCAAGAUCCUUGUCCUGCUUGGUGAGGUUGGUGGUGUAGAGGAGUAUCGGGUGAUUGAGGCCGUUAAGAACGGAACAAUUACCAAGCCUAUCGUUGCUUGGGCCAUCGGAACUUGUGCUUCUAUGUUCAAGACCGAAGUACAAUUCGGACAUGCCGGCUCUUUUGCCAACUCACAGCUUGAGACGGCAGCAUCCAAGAACGCUGCCAUGAAAGAGGCAGGAUUUCACGUUCCCGAUACCUUCGAGGAAUUCCCCCAGACCUUGGCUGCUGUUUAUCAGGGCCUGGUCAAGGCUGGUACUAUCCUUCCGCAACCCGAGCCUGUUGUUCCCAAGAUUCCCAUUGAUUACUCAUGGGCUCAAGAGCUCGGCCUUGUCCGUAAACCUGCUGCAUUCAUCUCUACCAUCUCCGACGAUCGUGGACAGGAGCUUCUGUAUGCUGGUAUGCCGAUCUCUGAUGUCUUCAAGGAAGACAUCGGUAUUGGAGGUGUUAUGUCACUUCUGUGGUUCCGUCGUCGCCUGCCUGACUAUGCCUCCAAGUUCCUGGAGAUGGUCUUGAUGUUGACUGCUGACCAUGGACCGGCUGUCUCCGGCGCGAUGAACACCAUCAUUACCACGAGAGCUGGGAAGGACCUGAUCUCUGCCCUUGUCUCGGGUCUAUUGACCAUCGGCGAGAGAUUUGGUGGUGCCUUGGACGGUGCCGCUGCUGAGUUUACUGGCGCUUUCGACAAGGGAUUGAGCCCAAGAGACUUUGUAGACACAAUGAGGAAGCAGAAUAAAUUGAGUAAGUAAUUCGAGUACCUUAAGCCCUUGAAGAAAAAAAAAAAAUGCUGACGGCCUGUUAGUCCCUGGUAUUGGUCACAAGGUCAAGUCUAGAAACAAUCCCGAUCUCCGUGUUGAGCUUGUCAAGGAAUUUGUUCUUAAGAGAUUCCCCAACCAUAAGCUUUUGGACUAUGCCCUUGCGGUCGAGACCGUCACCACAAGCAAGAAGGAUAACCUUAUUCUCAACGUCGACGGUUGUGUUGCCGUAUGUUUCGUUGACCUCAUCCGAAACUGUGGUGCAUUCACCGCUGAGGAGGCAGAGGACUAUCUCAAGGUAAACCUUUGAUAGUCUAGUAUGUGGUUCGAUAGGCUAAUAUUGCUGUAGAUGGGUGUCCUUAACGGAUUGUUCGUGCUCGGGCGCUCUAUCGGUCUCAUCGCCCAUUACCUUGACCAGAAGAGACUGAGGACUGGGCUGUACAGACAUCCUUGGGAUGAUAUCACCUACCUCCUUCCUAACCUCCAGGGGCCGUCACCUGGAAACGAGGGUAGAGUGGAGGUCGCCAUUUAAAUCAAAGGAAGAAAAAUAUGAUACCAAUGUUUUUCGCUGUUUCUUUUGGUUUGGUUUUCUAGAGCAUGGUUGGAAAAUAAAAACUCUGAGGGGGGUUUCAUUUCUAUUAAAUAUGAGAUAGGAUACAGCUGUGUUUAUGAAUCAUGUCUUUUUCUAGCCAUUGCUAAUGAGAGUUUGUGGAAGCCACGCUUGGAGUGA